UACUAACAACUGUGCUAUGAAUAAAUACGAGUGCGAAAGCAAAGUAGAAGAAGAAGAAGCAUUGCUUUGCAAAUCUACUCACGCGUAUUUGAAUUUGAAAGUCACAGCUUAAAACUCCACAACAAAAAUAGCAGCAGAGGCAACGACUGCGGCAGCGGCAGCAUUAAUGUUAGCUUUUACAAAAACAAUACAACACAUAAUAACACAUAGAAACAACAACACAAGAGUGAGACAAAUUUUCACCACAAAAAAAUAAGAGGUUCAAGAGUGAAGCAGCACAGCCAGCAGCCAGCAGUCAGCAAUGAAGCAAUUUCAAACUGAAUCAUAAGCAAAAAUUUUGUUUAUGUUUUAUUUUUGUUGUCGUUUUUGUUUUUGUUUCGAAUAACGAAUAACGAACUGAUCUACCAACUGAUCAGCAUCAUGUCGAGCCAUUUCCUCAGUUGAAGACUCACCAUUGAGUUAAGCAGCAGCAAGCAGACUUGUUGGUAUAUUGACGCAUUCUUUGACCAAUAGAACAGAAGACGUUUAAACAUAAAAUCAUCAUCGAUAGCAUAUCGUUUUUGUUUUAUUUUUUAACUAAUUAACGUGUAUUUCGUGUAGUUCUUGUGUAUUGCGUGUGUAUUGUGUUGUGUUGUGUUGUGCGUAAAUGACGCGUAAAUUACAACUCUUCAAGUAAAGCUUAUGCUGCUGCUGUAAUUCGUUUGCUGUUGUUGUUGUUUUUUUUAUGUGUUUAUGUGCAAGUUUGCCACUAUUCCAUUCAAAUACAUGAGAAGCCAUAAAGCAGAGUAUGAUGCUGCCGUUGUUGUUGCUGCAGUGCUGCUGACCUUUAUUAUUUUCCUCACCAAUGACGUGCGUCCUAUCACUUGUGCAUCCAUUAGCACACACACGGAUGAGUGUGGGCAUACUUUAAGACGUCCAACAAGUUUUUUCAAACGACAUGUAGAUUUCUCUUUUCUGAAGAAAUUUUUCAAACACUGGAUUCCUUUUACAAGUACAUCACGUGUUAAAAUGGAAUUUUACUUAUACAAACGUGAUUUUGCGGAUUGCGGACGUCAAAUUGUCACGGAUGAUACUGAAUCGUUAGAUAUUUCCGGUUUUAAUGGCGAUCAACCAACAAGAAUCAUAAUUCAUGGCUGGAUGAGUCAAAGCAAAGGGUCGUUUAAUCGUGCCGUUAAGAAUGCUUAUCUUAACUUAGUGUCACAGUUUGCUGUUGAGCAAUUAGAUAAAAAAGAUUGCACGCCGAGUAUUGAAGAUUUAGACGUGAAUACUCCAGCACUUGACAAUGCUUUAAAUGAUGCAACAAACACCACACAUAUCAUACAAACCAUGCAUAACAUCACAGAUUUCAAUGUCAUCGUUGUGGAUUGGAGUCUCAUAUCAUCCAAUGUUAAUUAUUUUGGUGUUGUAGACUUGAUUGAGGAUCUUGGCUUUUUAUUAGCUGAAUUUGUGCAUUUCCUGCAUAUGCGUACCGGUUUGCAUUAUGACGAUGUUUAUUUGAUAGGACAUUCACUAGGUGCGCAAAUAGCUGGUAGCGCGGGUAAACAAGUCAAACCGUUCAGAUUUAAUACAAUAUUUGCUUUGGAUCCGGCUGGUCCAAAAUUCCGUGAUUUAAGCGAUGAACAUCGGGUGGAUCCAACAGAUGCUACAUACGUAGAAUCUAUACAAACUAGUAGCAGUUUAGGUUUUGAAGAACCUGUUGGACAUGCAACAUUUUAUCCAAACUAUGGAAGAGAUCAGAAGAAUUGUUAUAUUUAUGGUUGUUCACAUUCGCGCGCCUAUAAUUAUUUUGCGGAGUCUAUAACAAGUACCAAAGGAUUUUGGGGUAAACUAUGUAAACGCAAAUCUGAAGAUAUUUGGUUAAUUUCGGAUAGUGGUGCAGAGUUCCGAAUGGGUGGUGAGCCAUCAACACCGAAACGUGGUACAUUUUAUUUAAAAACAAAUUCUGAGCCACCUUAUGCAAUGGGACGACAAAUCUUAUCUGAUUAAAUAGAUUAAAUGAAUAUAAUAUUUUGAAUUGAAAGUUGUUGAGCUGCACGAACUGGAGUAUAUAGUCAAGAAUCAAGAAAUGCUGUAUAAAAAAUCGACUGAAAAAGCUAUGACAAAGGUCCAUAAUAUGCAGAAAUCAUUUAGGAUAACAUUGCGUCAUUAUGGAUGUUCUUUUUAAGAUUGAUUAUGUAUAAGUUAUUUAUUAUUAUGAUCAUUGAAAUAUUAUUUAUCGAAUAGUGAUUGGAUGUGCAAUUUGAUUUUAAAUCUUACAAAAAAGCUUUAUCAAUUGUAAUACGAAAAGAACACUUGCUCGCUUAAAACUUUACAUAUGAAAUAAGACACUUACUGGCUUAGCAAGCAGAGUAAGUCGCUCUUUGCCUACGAAAAUAAAGAAAAAAUUAUAAUGA